GCUGCAUAUAGUAUUAUCUAAAGAAACAGCUUGUAAUGGUCCUGACCACGUGUAGAGAUUCAUACAGUACUGAGAUCUACUGUACAGGCCACGAAACGUCAACGUAGUGUAUGUCGAGUUGGCAGAAUUUACUAGGACAACUUCACGUAAUCAAGUUCACUGCAUGGAGGCGAGGUGACCUGCUCACCAAGAAUGGUCCUAACUUAACGUGACAUAGAAGAGCUAGAUCGACUACACUUUUACAUGACACAAUGGCACCGUUAACUUAUGGUCCGUGGAUACUGAUUGUCCUCUUCUUAUCUUGUUACGAAUCCGUAGCCAGUGGAACAGCAUUAACCUUUGAACUACCUGAAACCGAAAAGGUGUGCUUCACAGAAAAGUUUCGGGACAUGACAGCUAAAUUAUUGGUUUAUAAAGUUUUACGAGGCGGAAAUAACGACAUCAACGUAUGGAUUCUGUCGCCAAACGGGAAAGUGGUGUACAGGGCAGACCGCACAACGGAGGACAAGGUCCUGUUUGAUAGUUCUUACGGAGAAUACCAGUUCUGUUUCGACAACGAAUUCUCGGCGUUUUCACACAAGGUUGUCUACUUCGAUGUGCGCAAAGAACAGAUAGACAACUUGGCCGUAGAGGCGGGCAACGCUGUACCCACGGUAAAGACUGCAGCCGAAUCGGCGUGUGACAAUAUACACGAGGUGAUGACGAUGGUGGUGGACUAUCAGAGGGACUACAGACUUACAGAGGUGAUGGGGCGCUAUGUAGGGGAGGUAAUCAAUAACGGGGUCAUGUGGUGGUCUGUCGGUCAGACCUUUAUUGUACUGAUCAUUGGCUUCGGACAGGUAUUCAUACUGAAGACAUUCUUCACAGAAAAGAGUACUAAAACACCUAUAUAACAUUUGUACAGAUUCCAAACCACGGGAGUACCAACACGCCUAUAUACUAUCUGUACAAAUAGCGGCAUACAAACAAACAUUUGUUAACCAUAUUGGUGAAAGCAUGUGACUGUUUUACUGUAAGUUACUACGUUCCUGGGAUGCCGAAUAUAUAUUUGCAAAGAUAACAUACAUGUACAUGUAUACUGAUAAGCGUCCCUCGGGUAUACGAAGGACGGUAGCCCGUGGACAUAUUUUUGUUGUUACGUGUGUUAGUUUUCACUAAUCGAUUGGAAUUAUCACUGAAAUCUAAAUAAACAAAUCGAUCGACUCAUGCUCUACAGAUCCGCCGGCUGUUGCGUUGUAUUGUUUGCAGUUAAUCAAAUUCAAGUUUGGCACAGAAGAAAACUAAGCUGUCUAACAAAGGUUUAAGAGACAUGAGGCGAUAACAUACAUCGAUUUGUAGUGUGAACGCAUACAGUACUCCUAGCAUAACUAGCAUGUACUGUACACAAGGUGGUAACCUAGACUUAUUUUUUUUUAAUUUGUGUAGUUUCCCUUAUUGAGAAUGAUAUCUCUAUCGAUUAAUAAGUCUAUUGGGUUUGACGCUCAUCAGUGACAGAAGUUAUUGCUUAAGGUUAUAACAAUGUACUAUUUCUUUUUUUUCUCGCAGAAAUUGUAAAUAUUUUAAAUGUGACUGACAUGGGUGUUAAUUAUACUUUAUAGAAUCAAAAAAGAUACUGUGAGCUAGGAAUUGAUAUUAAACUAUUUUUCAACAUUACUUCAGUCCCUGCUGAGCGUCGAACCCCUUCGCUCUGAUCUAUACUUGCUACGUUAUGGUCACUGUCAGUUUAACACCUAUCCCAGACCUACAGCUGAAGACUUACAUCGACAAUAAUAGUUUAUAAUAAAACGAGAUACUUUAACACUGGUCAAUAUGUUGAUAGAUAAAAAACUAAAUACUUGUAUAUAUGUUGAUCGGGAAAUUUGUUUAAAAUGUGGAUCCCAAAUCCACAGGAAACGGCUUAAUUGUAUGGGUUACAUAGGACUUGUACAAGUCUUGUGGAGUGACGUGGAAUUAAAUACUUAACACCAGUAAUACCAUCUACGUGAAUAUAUACUCACAUAUACAGUUGAUACUAUUCUGUUCAUAUCCCCUUGAAGAAAAAGUGUGUAGCUUAACAACUACUUUGGCCAAUCCCUUGCUAUCAUUUGUGCUGUAUACACUUCUAUUUAGAAUACAAUGUAUCUAGUAUUCUAAUCAUGUGGGGUAAGAGAUUUUGUGAUAACUUUGGAGUAAUUAUAAUAGUUAGAUCAUGACUUAAUAAUUAACUUUGUGAUUUAAAAAGAAAGUCAUUGAUUCUGUUCUCCCCUGCACACAAAGCCGCCCUGAGCACAUCUUCACUAAAACGAGAUUCGACCUGACCACAUAUCCUGAGCGCGUGAGAUUGACCCUGACCAUAUCUCAUUCACUCACGAGAUUCGCCCUUACCAUAUCUUCCCUGCACACGAAAUACAACUUGACCAUAUCUCCAAAGCACACGAUAUUUGUCCAGGCCAUUUCUCCCGAGCACACAAGAUUCAACCUGACCAUAUCUCCUUCGCUCACCAGAUUCGCCCUAACCAUAAGUCCCCACCACACUAGGUUCGCCCCGAUUGUCUCAUGAGCCCAUAGGAUUCACCCUGGCCCUAUCUCGUUUGCACACAAAGUCGAAUUUACCAUAUCUCUCCUGGACAGGACAUUCGCCCUGAACAUAUCCGUAUCUGAUAACGUUUCAGACGGUGAAGUUUAGUUCACACAAUACAUAUCUAUAUAUAGGACAAGACAGUAAUUCAAACAGUGUAACAUAAAUAAGGUUGUCAAAAUUUCGGAACGAUCCGCUCCUUUAACAACAGAGAAAUACAGUAGGAUGUUAUAUAACCAAUAUUUGACAACAAUAAUCCCUGGCCUAGUAGUGUAAGCCGAAUGUAGAAUUUACACUGUCAGCAUCUUUGACCAGUGGUUAUGUGAAUGAGCGAUCAACGACGAAGAGCUAGGAAAAUACCGGGAAGCUGAAGCGUGAAGAAAAAUGCUGUCUUUUCUUCCAGCUUCAAUUGUAAGGAUCCAGUGUUAUGUGGGAAUCUACAAUCGAUAUAACAUAUAUAUGUUCUUCUUUGACCUAUGUAGCUGACUUGCAAAUAAUACAAAGAAAAAUGUGGAAAAAUAUUUUAUUGUUUUAUAUCAAAAUAUCAACACGGUACAUGACUAUAUAUAGGAUACAUAGAGAAAACAAAUUGACUUCCAAAAUAGAAAGUAUUGGGAUUAAAAACAGUCAUUAUUUUUUAUAAUUCUUUUUCGCCAUAUUAAGAGAGUCAAUAUAGCGUUCUUUUCAAUUUUUAUCCAUGGUUAGAAAAUGAGUUUAUAGUUUGUUUUUCAUGCCAACUACUCACUGGUAACAAGAAAGAAAUUGCAAAAAAAAUGUUUAAACUAAUACAUAUUAUAAUUGAGGAUGUACACUUCAACGGAAAAUAAAAUGAGUGAAAACAUAACAACUCGGUCCUAAUAAUUACCAAUAAAUGACAGCAACAUAACAGGAGUUAAACAUUCACUAGGAUGUAAACAAAACAACUUUAAAAUGAAAACAUCCUAAAAACAAACAUUAUGAUUUGAAAAUGUUCCAUACAUGUUUGUAUUAAAACUUAAACUGAUUGAUCGGUAAAGUUAGUCGCCCUUGGUUCGCUGAUGACAUUCACCUUAUAACUCAACGGUUACUUUUUACCUUUUUUAUCAUUUGUGUUAGAAUUAUAUGUAUUGCAUUAAACAGUAAUGUAAACCAAACUGUCUUAUACUGAUACAAAACUGUAUCUUAUAUUCUGUAAUACUUGUAGGUGUAUAAAUAUAUAUCUAUGAAAAAGCACAACAAUGAAAA